GGAAAAGCUGUCACCUGAAAAACCAUUUUUUUUUUUUUUUAAAAUUUAGUUUCAUAAAAUUCAUAAUUCAAACCCUUCUCUUCCUUUUCUGCUCUGUGCACAUGUAUAUAUAUAUAUAUAUAUAUAUGUAUGGAAAAGCUUGAAUCUUUUUAGCUAUGGAUGUGUAGCUUAAUAUUAAAAAAAGAAGGCGCAAAUUAGCAUCAACUACCACUGAUAUGCUUGGUGUACUCUGCGCACGCCCUAAGCCUUGGAUCCUCAACUCUCUCACUCACUUCCACGCCUUCUCUACGGCGUCGUCUCACUACAACCACCGCCUUUUACAACCUCCGUUACACUUCUCCGAUUCCUCUCGUCAGCAGCAUCGCCACCACUGCCGUCGUCGCUUCGUCGAUUCUGGCUUUGGCGGUUUUUCCGCCGCCUCCUCCAUAUGGCACGUGAUACAGCCCUCCGGGUUUAAGAAGAGGAGGAGGAGGAGUAGUAGUUGCGUUCGGCGGCUGUUGGUGGCGGAGGCUAGAGGUGAAGGAUCGUGGAAUGUGGCGUGGGAUGCUAGGCCGGCGCGUUGGCUGCACCGCCCUGACUCGGCGUGGUUGUUAUUUGGAGUGUGUGGUUGUCUGGGUCCAACUACUGAUUUUUGGAAUGACGUUAAUCCCGAGAAUGUUGUAAAUACUGAUGAAAAGAGUGAUGGUACUGGUGGGUGUGAUUUGAAUGGGACUAUGACUUGUGAUGUUAAAAAUGAUGAGGUUGAUGAUGAUGAUGAUGAUGAUGAUACUUCCAAUGAUUUUAAAGUCACAGGAGUACUGGCUGAUGGGCGAUGCCUGUUUAGAGCAAUAGCUCAUGGGGCUUGUUUGAGAAGUGGGGAAGAAGCUCCUGAUGAAAAUCGCCAGAGAGUACUUGCUGAUGAAUUAAGAGCUCAAGUGGUGGAUGAGCUUUUAAAGAGGCGGGAAGAAACCGAAUGGUUCAUAGAAGGUGAUUUUGAUGCAUAUGUCAAGCGAAUCCAACAACCUUAUGUGUGGGGUGGAGAACCUGAAUUGUUGAUGGCUUCUCAUGUUUUAAAGACUAUGAUUUCAGUCUUCAUGAUAGAUAGGGCAUCAGGUAAUUUGGUAAACAUAGCAAAUUACGGUGAAGAGUAUCGGAAAGAUGAAGUAAAUCCCAUUAAUGUGCUGUUUCAUGGAUAUGGGCAUUAUGACAUAUUGGAGACUUCAGGCCAGAGUUACCAGAAAGUGAACUUGUAGAAAAUUGGGUGUGGUUCAUAGAAUAAUUACACCCUUGAAUCAAACAAAAUAAUUCUACAGGGAGUGUUCUUUUUCUUCGUGCUGUAUGUUUUCCAGCUAGAUGAGAAUCUAUCUCAAAUUUGACGGAUUUUGCAGUAGCAACCUUAAUUUGGAGCAAUAGGCUUGCUAAGUUUUGUCGGUCCGAGAUUGCUUUAUGAUUUUAAAUUCAACCAAUACAUCACGUUGGUAAAUCUAUUUUCUGGGCGUUUAGAAGAUUUUCCGUUUUUCUUUUUCUCCCUACCAUGCAAAAGCAUAUCUUCUUUUGGGUUUCUCAACUAUAUUAAUUUUGGUAAUUUUAUCAUCACGUUUAUACUGGUGGAUGACGGGAAAGGUAUGAACUUAAGCUUGAAAGAGUUGUAAAAUACACAAGGCUUCUGAAAAACAGUGUAGCAGCGGUUCAAGUUAUUACUGAGCUACUACAGGCUCCUCCUCUGUAUAGUUACUUCAUAUUUGGAAGCAUUUUAUUUUACCUGCUUUUCUCUAUCUAACA